CCGGUAUUCUAUCGACCCUAUGACGUGUAACGUAGUGUCGCUGGUGGAAGCGACUGUGGCUCCGAAAGAAAUUUUCGUAUACUCUACUUAUUUUGGUUCGAUUUCUGGCUCAGUUCGAAUGACAGUCAAUGAGGGACAGACACAUCCUUCAUGUAGUGAAAACCAUCGAAGAAUUGGCUGCAUGGAGGUCGUUGACAGUCCGCUUAAUCUCGCCCAUCAGCAAUGCAGGAAGGCAGAUCGUUUGCUUGCUGCUGGAAAGUAUGAAGAGGCGAUUUCAUGCCACGCCAAAGCAGCAGAACUUCUGACAGAAGCAAUGAAGACAACAGACUGUAUACAGGCACGCGUGUCCAUGGAGUUGCAGAGGGACAGGCAUAUUAAACAGCAGCGUCUUAUCCAGGAGCGCUGGAAGAAGGAAGCCCGUCGGGAGGCCACAAAAGCCAGAUCUGGCUUAGGCUCCGCCCUCGUCACACCAUCCCAGUCAGCAGGUCAGACUCAGCCCCCAAACCCCACCACACCCGUAGCUGUAGCAUGCGGAGGAGGCGUCGAGAGAGAGUACGACACUCUACUCUACCAGCUUCAAACCCGACAGGUCGGAAACCUCCAAGCUUUGACACCCUGUCCCGGCUCUAAGACCACCAAAGAUGAUAAAACUCGCCUGGAAGAACAACAGACCACCAUCGAAGACUUGAGGCGCCUCGUGAACCAUCUGAUGGAUGAGAACCAGCGGCUCACCACCGAGAAUGAGAGGCUCCAAUCGGAAAACACCCGACUGCGGGCUGAGGCCGCGGAUGUCGUGGAGCGCUCUGAGCUCUGGGUGCUCCCUCAGGCUGGGGGCGUCAUGGCGACGGGGGGAAACCAGGAGAGGAAAAGCACAGGGAAAGGGAAGGAGAUAGCGAUCCCUCAGCUGCCCCCGUUGGAGAUGCCUGCUCAGGAAGAUUUGUGUUUGGAUGACCUGCCUCCUCUGGAGCUGCCAGAGGACAUCCAAAAUGAACUACAGGAGCUGCUGGACAAAGACAAACUGUGAUAAACACUUUUUUUUUUAAAAUGACACACACACAGACUUCAGGGUUCAAACCAGUUUCUAUCUUUUUGGUUUAGAUGCCAAAAUGUAUGGUUUUGGACACAGAAAAGUAUCCGUGAUGUUCUCCAGGUCUCGCAUACCUUCAACAGGUAUCAUCGGACAAAAGAUGAUGAAAAGAUUGAAAAAUAUUCGAGUGGUCACGCACCACUUAUAAAAACUCAAGGAUUAUGUUUAUUUUGAAGCUUAAUUGGAAAGAUUGAGAAAAUCCUCUCACGGGACACUAGCGAAGACUAGUAUUUCUGUACUUUGUGUGAUUACAAGGUGAUGAGGUCAAAGGGGCCUUCAAAAUCCAAAAUUCUUUUUUGAGGGUUAUUUCUGUGAGGAGAUGAUGUGAAUUAAUGGCAUUAAACUUGAUCAAUUAUGC